AUGUCUGAAUUACCUCUACAUGAUCCUCUUGGUCGUUCCAGAACUGAAAUUAAAGUUGAAAUGACGAUGGCUGCUAUCGUCCUGCUCUCAGCUAUGUCUGGUAACAUGCUGGUUGUUUAUGUUAUCAACAGAGAUUCCAGGCUCCACAAGGUGACUAACAUGUUUAUUCAUAAUCUAGCAUUGACUGACAUCGCCAUGGCGAUGACAAGUAUGCCAUUCUGGAUAGCGAGUCUGUCCACGAAUACCUGGAAACUCGGUCAAGUUUGGUGUCAGGUAGUAGGAUCAACAUCACAUAUUUUGGCAUCUGCAUCUAUAUUCACGAUAGCAUUGAUAGCAUUCAAUAGAUACAUAAAAGUCGUAAAACCCACCCUGUACAGAAAAGUAUUUCCCAGCAAAAGAGCAGCUCGGCUGUAUUGUGUUUUCGUGUGGCUGGUUUCCAUUUUUCUGGCAACGCCUUAUCUUUUGGAUGGUCAGCGGUAUCAUACCAUAAGAAACUUGCCAUCUGUAUCCCAGAGAACAAUGUAUACAAAAUAA